AAUAACAGAGUUGAUUGGAUACCAUCCAGAGGAGCUGCUGGGCCGUUCAGCAUAUGAGUUCUACCAUGCCUUGGACUCAGAGAGUAUGACCAAGAGUCACCAGAACUUGUGUACAAAAGGUCAAGUAGUGACGGGCCAGUACCGUAUGCUUGCCAAGCACGGUGGAUACGUAUGGCUGGAGACUCAAGGAACGGUGAUUUACAAUACACGCAACCUACAGCCUCAGUGUAUUGUCUGCGUCAACUAUGUGCUGAGUGAAAUUGAGAAGAACAAUAUUGUGUUCUCCAUGGACCAAACGGAAUCACUCUUCAAACCUCACCUGCUGACGAUGAGCACUGCCUACGAGAGCGGCAUCCCUGGCCCAGACAAGAGUGACUUCUUGUUUACUAAGUUAAAGGAAGAACCAGAGGAACUUGCUCAGCUGGCACCAACACCUGGUGAUGCCAUUAUUUCCCUGGAUUUUGGGACACAGAACUUUGAGGAAGCCCCUGCCUUCACCAGUGCUGUUUUGACACCAACCAAAGCAUCACCAGCGGAGGUGAAAAGCCACACUGCUCAAUGUGAAACACUGACAAUACCAUCCUUUACAAUGCCUCAGAUUGCACCUGGCAGCAGUACUCCAAGUGCAAGCAGCAACAGUAGCUGUUCCACGCCAAGCAGCCCAGGAGAUUAUUAUAGUGCUGUGGAUGAAGAUCUUAAAAUUGAGGUGAUUGAAAAACUCUUUGCCAUGGACACAGAAUCAAAAAGUCAGUGCAACUCUCAGACUGACUUCAAUGAACUGGACCUUGAAACCUUGGCUCCUUACAUUCCUAUGGAUGGAGAAGAUUUCCAGCUCAGCCCAAUCUGCCAAGAAGAAUGUCCUCUCUCGGAAAGUGCACAAAAUACCCAGCAGAGUCUAAGUAGCAUGAGUACCAUCUUCCAACCCCUUGCUUCUGCUUCACAGAAUCAGUUCCUCCCAGAGAAAUACUGCCCACAGCUAUCAAAUAAAAACAUUAACCCUGGUCAUGACUCCCUGUCAUCGGUGUUCUUCAACAAUGUGACUAGGUCAUCGCUGCCACCGUACUAUGACCAAGCCACCACUCCCCUGUCUUCGAUGGGAGGAAGACCAAACACCCAGUGGCCACCUGAUCCCCCAUUAGAAUAUGUUCCUGCUACAUGGAGACUCAGGGAUAAAUACUCAGGAUCCCUAUCAAGUUCCCCUUCAGGGCCACCAGUACCUUCUCCCAGCAUGCCCAUAUAUAAAAAAAGGGCCCUGGAUGCUUUUGGGCAACGAGGCAUAGAUAUAAACCCGGCAAGAAUUGCUCUGUCUAAUAGUUUAAAACUGAAGCGACAACUGGAUUAUGAAGAGCAAGCGUUGCAACAGCUGAGUGGGGGAGAUCCAUCUGUCAUUAACCCAGCUCACCUAAUGUGGAAGAGAAUGAAAUUUCUCAAAGGGGAAAACUGUUCCUUGGUUACAGAAAAGAAGUCUCUCAGCACAAGUGUUCUUACUGAUGAAUUUGUCUGUAACUCAAGAGGUCUGAGCCAAUCAAUGAAUCAACUGCAGCAGCAACAGCAGCAGCAGCAACCACCCACGUGUGGCAACCCUGGUGAGAAUUUGAAAGCAGGAGCAUUUCUCCCUCCGUUCUACAGUUCCCAUUAUCAGGACUAUACUGUCCAGGCAGCUCAUAAAGCAUCAGGUCUGACCAGUCGUCUGCUGGGGCCCUCCUUUGAACCCUAUUUGUUGCCCGAGUUGACAAGAUAUGACUGUGAGGUGAACGUCCCUGUUUUGGGCAGCUCUACGCUUCUGCAGGGCAAUGAACUGCUCAGAGCGCUGGACCAGGCAACCUGAGUGAUCCUGCAAUAUUCCGUGGCCUGUACUGUUCAAAACAGCUUCAGUUUUUAAAUAUAUUUUUGCAAGUAGACAAUUUCUAAUACCAAUACACCUUUGCAGGAUUUUACGUAGAUAUUUUACCUGUCCACGUUACCAAAUAGUGGCCUUUUGAAGUUACUCACUUUAUUAUUCAUAGUAAAUAAAUACAUCUACUGUAUUUUCUCUAUUGCAAUUAAUUAAAAUGUUGUUUAGAGAGUUUGAUUACCCUCCCCUUAUCUCAUUACCUGUAAUUUAUACUCUGAAAUUUUCUUCAAAUUUCAUGCUAAUAAAAAGCUGUGGUAUAAAUGCCUCAUCAUGUGAUAACUUUGGCUGCAGUACUGCAAAGAUUUAUUUUUAUUGCCAAAGAUGAAUGAAACAAGUUUUGUCUCCAACCACAGUUUCUGAUCUGCCAAAUUGAAAUCCUUUGAGUCUUUCUGUUUUCCAGCAUUUAUGGUAUUGUAACUUUAAUAACCUUUGUAAAAGCAUACUAAGGAAAACUCCCAGCCUUACACCUGUCCCCUUCCCUUCCAUUUUUUUUAUACACUUUGUUGAAAGAAAUGUGAAUGGUGAACUGCAAUGUUUGUGGGUAUCUGUGAAGGUUGCACAUUAUAAGCUUUUUUCCUCAGAAGGAAGCCACAUUCUCAGCUGCCUUAACCUGGCUUAGCUCUAUAGCCACAGGAGUCCUGCAGAUUUACCCCAGUGGAGGAUUUAGACCUGUGUUUUCAUUUGUGUUGGGGUUUCUUGUUUUGGUCUUUGUUGUUGCCUUUUUUCUUUUUUUGCCCCCACAAAACAGGCUUGUUUUGGGUUUUUUAAUGUCUCUCUGGGUCAGUUGUUAAUCAUCUCUUGGUACUUCUGCUAUAUCUAGGACACAACAACUUUUAAGAGCUGUUUCUGCUAGAACUAGUAUUUGUUAUGGUGUUGCUGAUAUUUUGGGAAUCUGA